GUCCUGGAGGGCUGGCCUCCCGAACCCUGGAGCUUCGCUCGCUGGGGCCAGUGCGCCUCGCCGACCCUGCUUCCGAGUGGCUCAGGGCGGAGAGUUUCGUUCCCCAGAGCCGCGCGGGCGAGCGACAACCUUGCAGUUGAGUCUGAGAAAGAGGGAAGCGGCCGCCACGGAAGCCGAGCUGUUCGGAGGUAACCAGGAAGCCGGUUUCCCCUCGGCUUCAGCUCCGGCGCCCCCUGAGAGACGCCGGCCGCGCUUCGGGGCCGCUGCCUGGCGGGCGGGGGUGGAGGCAGCCAUUUUCUGUAGGCGCGGCGACGUUUCCUGGCCGCGGCCCGCCGGACUGUCAGGAGCGAGGCCAACUGUCAGGCUCCGGAAGCCACGCUUUCUACUCUUGGCGCGGAUAUAAGCCAGGGCUGCGGCGGAAGCUACCUCGGAGACUCUCCGUGUGCACGGUGCCCCUGCACUGUUGUGGUCUGUUCAGAGGACAUAGUGAAUCCGAGGUGGGGCGGGCAGUGAGGUCCAACACUGCAGCAGAGAAACUUGCCCGGUUCCGCUGGCUGAUGCUACCACAGGAGAACGAGAGGAAGACACUUACUGGUUUUGUACCAAACCAAAUGGGUCCUCAGUUGUCAAGGGUGGCGCUAGGAGUGUAGAGAAGCAAAACUGUUCAUACAGCAGAAUGAUGACAGUAGAUCUGAAGGUGGCUACGGACUUGAACCCUCAGAUCAGGGCUCUGUGGGAGACCAAGGGAUCUGUGACAGAGAGCUCCAGUCACAGUAAGAAAUCUUCCCCACAAAUGGACAGUCUUCAUCCCGAGAGCUCUCGCCGGGACUUCCGGAACUUCCACUACCAUGAAGCAGCUGGACCCCUCGAGGCUGUGAGCCAACUUCAGGAAUUAUGCCGUCAGUGGCUAAGGCCAGAGAUCCACUCGAAAGAGCAAAUUUUGGAACUGCUGGUGCUAGAGCAGUUCCUGACCAUUCUGCCCAGGGAGACUCAGACCCAGAUGCAAAAGCACCAUCCACAGAGCAUUAAGGAGGCUGUGGCCUUAGUAGAAUACUUGCAGAGGGAAUCUGGUCAAACAAGGAAUGGGGUCACGUUCCAUGAGCUGGGGAAGGAGGCAGUGAUCUUGGGAGGAACAGCAGAGGCCCCAGGCUUCAUGCUGAAGUCAGCAGAACUCCAAUCAGUGGGCAGGUCACAGGAUGAAGAAUUUUGGAAUACAUACCGAGGUCUACAAGAACAGCCAAGCAGGAACACUCUCAAAGAAACUGAGGCAUUAUACAAAAAGGCUCUGCCUACCCCACAGACUCUAGCCCUUUCUGAGCAGACAAACACCAAAGACUGGACAAUGGCACCUAACCUCAUCUUGCCUGAGUCCCAGAGCUUGUUGACAUUUGAAGAGGUGGCCAUGUAUUUUUCUCAGGAAGAAUGGGAGUUACUGGAGCCCCCUCAGAAGGUCCUCUACCAUGAUGUAAUGCAGGAAAACUAUGAGACUGUCAUCUCUCUAGCAUUAUUUGUGCUCCCCAAACCUAAAGUGAUCUCCUGUCUAGAGCAAGGGGAAGAGCCAUGGAUCCAGGGACCCCAGGAGUUCAAGGACAGUCAUGUAGAGUCUCCUACAGGGUUAAAGUUCAAAAAUGACACUGGAAGUCAUCAGCCUGUAUCUCUUCCUGCCUUAGAAAUAGAAGCACCAGGAGAUAUAGUUUCAAAAAAGGCCAGAGCCAAAGUUCCCCAGAAAACCACAGACAAAGAAAAUCAAGGUGAUAUACACAGGGUGGGGAAACGGCAUCAAGAUUUUCCAGUAAAGAAAAGAAAAAAACUUUCAACCUGGAAACAAGAGUUGCUGAAACUUAUGGAUCUUCACAAGAAAGACCAUGCAGGAGGAAAGCCUUUUAAAUGUCAGGAAUGUGGGAAAAGCUUCAGAGUUAGCUCUGAUCUUAUUAAACACCAGCGAAUUCACACUGAAGAGAAACCCUAUAAAUGUCAACAGUGUGGUAAGAGGUUUAGAUGGAGUUCAGAUCUUAAUAAGCACUUAACAACACACCAAGGCAUAAAACCAUAUAAAUGCUCAUGGUGUGGGAAAAGCUUCAGUCAGAACACAAAUCUCCAUACACACCAGAGAACUCACACCGGUGAGAAGCCUUUUACAUGUCAUGAAUGUGGGAAAAAAUUCAGUCAGAACUCCCACCUUAUUAAGCACCGGAGAACCCACACAGGUGAGCAGCCUUUUUCCUGUAGCAUAUGCAUGAGAAACUUCAGCAGGCGGUCAAGCCUUCUUAGACACCAGAAACUCCACAGGUAAAUAGAAGCUUGUCCAGUGUUCCCCUUUCUGAAGGAAUUCACCAAAUAGAGUUUAAAGUUGGUGAGAAAAUACAAAAUCAUAAAGCAAUCAAUGAUAAGAAUUUGUCAUCAGUGGAAAAUUUGAGGGUACAGAUGUCCUGACGGGAAUCUAACUUGGCUCUGCAGGAGACAGCAACAGCUUAUUAUUUUUACUUUUAACAGGAUUCCUUUGUAAGAGAGGUAUUCUAAGAACAUUCUGGUUGGGAUUGUAUUGGCAGAAUAACAAAUUCAACUUCAAAUAGUAGAUGCAAGCAUGAGUCAAUCAAUGGUUUUCUAUAAUCACAAAGGUAAAUAUUUGUUUUACAUUAGUCUCCCCAGCCACUCUUGAACAUACACGAUAGAAACAUUUGUAGCAUGGUAUUCCAAAACAAAAAGCAAUAAUAUGUGUGUUUAAUUGUAUACUAUUAUCUUCAGAGUGUCAGGCUUACUGCUUUAAAUUGUCUCGUACGACAGAAAUGUAUUCUAAUGUAAAGUUCUCCAAGAACCAAAUUGGAUUUCCUUUUAUUUUUGGACACUGUUCACAAAGUUGGACAUCCUUUGAGUAUCUACUUGAACUUUUUAACAACUUUACCUCUUGAGUUUUUACUGUAAUGAAAUCAUAUUUACUUCAUCACCAAGGAAUCUGCCAGGUGAACUAAUAAUGCACUAGCUUAUGUCUUUCAUUGGUGGUGUUUGGAAAAUGGGAAACAUCUCCAGUGAGAUCUUAUGGAAACGGGUUGGAAUUUGUAGCCAUGGACUAUGCAUUAGAUGUAAAGAAUAAUUUUUGGCAAUAAAAGAAACUAGACUACUUUCUUACCUCAUAAUGUCACUAGGAUUAAACAGCCAUAAAAUUUAGCACUUGCCUAAGGCUUGAAAGAAAAUUAGUGGCAGUUCAGGAUCAGAUUCUGGUCAGGUUUCUUUUUGUUGCUUGCCUUUUAAUUUGACUUGUUUGUUUAUUAUUAAGAAUGAGAAAAGAAUUGUGUUUAUAUGGAAACUGAGGUGUAUGUUUUGCAUGCAGACCCUUGAAGUUCACUUGCUUUGGUGACCUGGGGAAUCCAGUUAGCAGAAGACAGAGAGUUCCCAAAAGGAAAGGUUUAGGAACUGAUGAGUAUUGGGCAAGGAUGGGUGAAUUCGCAUCUAUGUAGUUUGUCUUAAACUGUGUUAUGGAUUUAAUUGUGUCCCCCCACCCCCAAAAAAAAAUAUGCAUUGUAAAUCCUAA